AGUUGCAUUAUUUAGUUUCAUUUCCGACCUAUUUUCAAGGAAAAGACGAAGAAGAAGUUCCUUACAAGCAAUUUAGAAAAGAGAAAUUGAUUAAAUUUCGUCGAUCGGAAACGGAAACGGAAACAGAUUCCAACCGACAUGGAAUUGUCGCCGUCGAACGUUGCUCGUGGUCGCCUGGCCGUUUUGGCAGCGCAUCUGAGCGCUGCCACCUUGGAAUCGCCGGUGAUGGCUUCGUUACUGGAGGCUAAUUGCGUGUCAGCUCGAACCAUGCUUCCACCGCCUGAAGCAUUGAAGGGUACUUUGACGAUUGUUGAUGAGAGAACUGGUAAGAGAUAUCAGGUCCAGAUAUCCGAAGAAGGCACGAUAAAGGCCACUGACUUGAAGAAGAUAACUACUGGACCAAAUGACAAGGGACUUAAACUGUACGAUCCAGGCUAUCUCAACACUGCUCCAGUUCGGUCAUCCAUUAGUUAUAUUGAUGGUGAUGAGGGGAUCCUUAGGUACAGAGGUUACCCAAUUGAGGAACUGGCUGAGAGUAGUACCUAUGUGGAAGUUGCAUACCUCUUGAUGUAUGGGAAUUUGCCUUCUCAGAGUCAAUUGGCAGAUUGGGAAUUUGCUCUUUCUCAGCAUUCUGCUGUACCACAGGGACUUUUGGAUAUUAUUCAAGCAAUGCCUCAUGAUGCACAUCCAAUGGGUGUUCUUGUUAGUGCAAUGAGUGCUCUAUCUGUCUUUCAUCCAGAUGCCAAUCCUGCUCUGAGAGGACAAGAUCUGUACAAGUCUAAGCAAGUGAGAGACAAACAAAUAGCACGUAUUAUAGGGAAGGCUCCCACCAUUGCAGCAGCUGCAUAUCUUAGAUUGGCUGGAAGACCUCCAGUUCUCCCUUCCAGCAACCUUUCUUAUUCAGAGAAUUUCUUGUACAUGCUUGAUUCUCUGGGUAAUAGGUCUUAUAAACCCAAUCCUCGGCUUGCUCGAGUCAUAGACAUUCUAUUCAUCCUCCAUGCAGAACAUGAAAUGAACUGCUCUACAUCUGCUGCUCGCCAUCUAGCAUCAAGUGGUGUUGAUGUGUUCACUGCUCUUUCUGGAGCUGUCGGAGCACUGUAUGGCCCUCUUCAUGGUGGGGCCAAUGAGGCUGUACUUAAAAUGUUAAGUGAGAUUGGAACUGUUGAUAACAUUCCAGGAUUCAUCGAGGGUGUUAAAAAUAGGAAGAGAAAGAUGUCAGGUUUUGGCCAUAGGGUGUAUAAGAACUACGAUCCUAGAGCAAAGGUUAUAAGAAAACUUGCGGAAGAAGUAUUUUCCAUUGUUGGCCGGGAUCCUCUAAUUGAGGUGGCUGUUGCACUGGAGAAAGCUGCCCUUUCAGAUGAGUAUUUUGUCAAGAGGAAGUUGUAUCCAAAUGUUGACUUUUACUCCGGAUUAAUAUACAGGGCUAUGGGAUUUCCACCUGAGUUUUUCACCGUGCUGUUUGCAAUCCCUCGAAUGGCUGGAUACUUGGCACAUUGGCGAGAAUCUCUCGACGAUCCUGACACUAAGAUAAUUCGACCUCAACAGGUCUACACUGGGGAAUGGCUGCGACAUUACAUUCCACCCAAAGAACGACUGGUACCAGCCAAAGCAGACAGGCUCGGUCAGGUUUCCGUUUCCAAUGCCUCAAAGCGCAGACUAUCUGGAUCAGGGAUCUAGACUAUUUGGGAUGCAUACAUAUCAAAUGGGAGAAUAAAACAAACGCAUCAAAGGGAAGGUAAAGCGUUGGUUGGCCAAAUUACACUGCCUGAAUAUGAAACAAAGGAAAAUAUAAGAGAUAGGCCCCCUUCUACAAAGAAUAAAGGCCACUCUGUCAUUUAUAGAUAGGGAUUUUCUAUUGUAAGUUAUAAUUUCCAUCAUUUUGGAGAAACUUAUGUUCUAUCACUUCUUUCCAUUGUAAAAAAAACAAAAAAACUAUUUAUAUUUAUGAAAAUGAAUAGUUAUUGAAGUUUGUUAGUUGCUGCGGUGA